ACCACACACAUCAUGAAGUUCUGUGUUGUGUUUUGUGUAGUUGUGUCUCUUGUGAUGGGCACACCAGUGCCAUUAAACACACGAGAGUGUGCCACGUGCACGGAGAGCGCCAGAUCUCUGCUCCACAACCUCUUACAUAUCAUGGAGAAGGAGGGGAGGAUGAACCAGGAUUUGUUUGCAGGUUUUAACUGCACUGAACAAAUAGCACAAAUGAUUCCCCACACUGAAACUGCAGCGAUCUGUCAACCCAACACACCUGCUAAUACAACCUGCUCAAACCAACAGAACUCUUCAUUCAGUGCGACAGUGUGUAUGAGGAGCAUCAGUGAUGAUCUGUACUACUAUUACACCUUGUUGAACUCAUAUGUUCAGACAGACGGCUACAAACACACUAAGCAAGAUCUCGAACCUGUUAUAACGGCCACAGAAAAUCUCAAGAAAUGUUUGCAACAAAGCUGUACACAACUGUCAACUGAGCAUGCACUGCAAGAGUGGGUGGUGUGGCGCGGCUCGUCAUUUGACGAUCGUUUAUCACUGUGUAAGACGCUGAAAGGCUUCCACGUGCGCGUCAUCACCAUCAACAGAGCGCUCAGGUACAUCGCCUCCGGAGACUACAGGAAGUGAUGUCAUUCACUACUCCCAUUUCUUCAUCAGUAAUCAAAAUUACAUGACUGUACAUGAUCAAACUGCACUAGCCCAUCAACUCUGAUAGAAAUCAGUGUAUAACACCCGUUUAUAAGCUACAGUACCUACAGUACAUCUUGUGGUGCUUUGAUAUAUGUAUAACUCCAUGGUGAACAUGUUUAUGUUAAUUAUUUAAUCUAUUUAUUUGUUUUGGGAAAUUAUUUAUUUGCAUGUAUGCUGAUACAUUAUUUAUUGAC